UUUGGGGCAGUCUUAGGACUACGUUCGGGGCUUGGACGCCAUACCGGGCCUGGAUCCUUAGGACUUCUCCAGAGCACUUUGAAAUAAUUGUGGAGGGGCUUUGGCAUCUGUACAACACCGAGAACUGUGAUAGACAGUUGAAAAAAGGAGGAAACGUUCCUGAGGCGCCGGAGUGGCGUGAGGGCCCUCCAGCUCUGGGGCCCGUCCGCACGCAGAAAAGUACCACCGGAGCGGCACUUAGGUAGGCUCCCCCAGCAAACACAGGUGCCCCGCAGAGCUCAGUAACGUGGUUUGCGGCAAACACAGGUGCCCCGGGGAGCUCAGUAAGGUGGUUUGGAAGGGGAGAGAGGCCCCAAAGGACUGAAAGGCCUAAAGGCUACUUUGUGGCCUGCACACCGUGUUUUUCUCAAGGUUCAUCCUGCCACAGAAAUUCUUUCUCCUCCUUCUCCUCCCAUUUUUCAGCCACUGGCGUGAUUAGGGCCGGCUCCAAAGACUGCCUAAUUUGGAGCAUUUGGAGUUCCUUUCGUCCUUGUGAUCCCCAAUACACUCUGCCAGCCCCUUUCUGAAAGAAAUGGCUUCUCUGGAGGAGGGCAUCUACAGCCUUAAAAUUAAUUCCAAACGUAGCUCCUAUAAUUUCACGAACCCUCAAUUUACAGCUGGAAGUGAGGGUCAAAAUGAAACUGAGGAACCAAACAAGUUCCAGAACAGGAAGGGUGGACCUCAAGAUAGUGGCUCUUCAUUGUCUCUGAGGGUUCUCCAGGAGAUCCUGGGAGAUGACAUUCCAAAAGGAAAAGAAGGGGCUGUCAUUAGUUCACAAUCAAACCUCGGAGAGUGUCCCUACUGUGGAGAAAGACCAGCCAGGAAUGCCACUAUCUUUGCUCCUCAAAAAGAGAAAGAGUCAGCCCCAGAGAUGAGCAGCUCCUGUGACAAGAGGGUGACUGUUAAUCCUCCUAAGAAAUUCAGUGAGGGGCGACCUAAAAAACGGAAUAGAGUCAUUUGUGAAAAAUGCUUUCUGCCUUUAAAUUUUCUGGAUGACUAUAACCCCCAUGUAAUAAUCCAAAAGCAACUUAGCAACCAAAGUGGAGUCAUUUGUGAAAAAAGCUCUCCACCUUUAAAUCUUCCGGAUAACUAUAACUCCCAUUCAGUAAUUCAAAAGCGCAAAGAAAAGAUGGCAAUUGAGUGCCCCUCUUCAGGGAGUGAGUGGUCUGAUCUAGGUGGAACCACAGUCAAAUUCUCUGAAGAGAAGCCAUUCUCACUGUGUCUUCCUGUAGUGUCAGAGCCUCCAUACUACGCCACUGACUAUACCACUUUUCCACCUCAUUAUAGUCCUUGGCAUGACUACACCAGCUCUUGGUUCAGCAGUACCAAGUCUUCUUGCUAUCCCUCCUUGGGCAGCAGCAGUAACACAUUGCAGGCUGGGAAAAGCAGCUGUAGCAGCAGCAGCAGAAGCAACAACAACAUCUUCCAGGGUGAGAGGAGCAGCCACCAGAGCUUCCUGAGUGAUUAUUCCACCAAUUUUCCAGUGAGCUCUGAAAACACAUCCAGAGAUCUGAAGAUGACAGAGGAAGGCACAUCCAAGAAUUCUUCCUUAUUUUACUACUCCAGAAAUGUGGAAGCAGAGGCGAAGGAGGAGAGAGUAUAUCAAGAGGAGAUAUUACGAUGUCCUUUUGGAGGACGUGCAUCUAGCUUUCCGCCAAGGACCUUCUGGCAGCCAAAGCAACAGGGUUUCAUUGAUACCCACUGUCACUUGGACUUGCUAUAUUCCAGGCUGCCUUUCAAAGGCACCUUUACCAAAUUCAGAAAAAUUUAUAGCAACACCUUCCCCAAGGAAUUUCAGGGCUGCAUUUCUUGCUUCUGCAAUCCUCAAAACCUAAGUGAUGACCUGUGGGAGGAUCAGUUGAAAGAUGAUCUGGUUUGGGGGGCCUUUGGCUGUCGCCCUCAUUUUGCCCAUUAUUAUAACAACUAUCAAGAAAGAAGUAUUUUAAAAGCCUUACGACACCCCAAGGCUGUGGCGUUUGGAGAAAUGGGCUUGGAUUACUCCAAUAAGUGCACCACGCAUGUCCCAGAGCAGCAGAAAGUAUUUAAGAGACAGCUGCGGCUGGCCGUCUCUCUAAAGAAGCCCAUGAUGAUCCACUGUCGAGAAGCCGAUGAAGACCUACUGCGCAUCUUGAAAAAAUAUGUGCCCUCUGACCACAAGCUACACCGGCAUUGCUUCACUGGCAGUUACUCAGUCAUCGAGCCCCUGUUGAACCACUUUCCCAACCUGUAUGUGGGCUUCACGGCAAUUCUGACUUACUCUUCUGCUGGGCAAGCCCGAGAAACUGUGAAAAAGAUCCCGCUAGAGAGAAUUAUUGUAGAAACCGACGCUCCCUUUUUCCUCCCUCGCUGGGUCUCCAAAAGCCAUUGCCAGCAUGCCCACCCAGGCCUGGCCCUGCAUACUGUGCGAGAGAUUGCCAGAAUCAAAGGUGUGUCGCUCUCCCACACCUUGACCGUCUUGCGGGAGAACACCCGUCGCCUCUACCAUCUUUAAACAGAAAAGGCACAGUCAGGAGUCUUCCCGAGAAAGGAGACCGGUAGCCUAACAACAUACAGACUAGAUUUGAACUCUGCGUAUGUCCCGGGUCAAGGAUGUGUUUGAAGAAUUCGUUGGAAUGGAGUAAACUAGGACAGGAUAUUUUCCUCAAAACCUUUUCAUAAGACUUCUGUUUCUGGCUGGUAGGGUGGGGUACAAUGGGAUGGGAGGAGGGUUAAGGUAAACUGCCCUUGAUGUUAUUAAGGUUUUUCUUCCUAGCAAAAAUGCCUUAAGGUAGCCAGUAAAGACAGCUUGAUAGAAUACAGAGUUUCCCAAUCUAAAUCCCUGUCCUCUGCAACCUGCUUUUGAUCGCUUGGUGAAUAAAGUCACCCUCCUACUUGUCUUUAAAAAAAUGUAGAAUUUUAAAAGUGAGGUAGGUGAUUUGUGUAUUAUAUUUGUAUAUUAUAGGAAUUCUAUUUAAAAAAAUUUAAAAAUCGGUCGGGCAUGGUGGCUCACGCCUGUCAUUCCAGCACUUUGGGAGGCCGAGGCGAGCGGAUCACUUGAGCCCAGGAAUUCAAGACCAGCCUGGGCAACAUAGUGAAACCUCGUCUCUACAAAAAAAAAUAAAAUAAAAACAACAAAACAACAGCUGGGUGUGGUGGCACACGCCUGUAAUUCCAGCUACUUGGGAGGCUGAGGUGGGAGGAUCACUUGAAUCCAGGAGUCUCAGGCUGCAGUGAGCUAUAGUCACACCACUGCACUCCAGCCUGGCAACAGAGUGAAACUCCCAUCUCUUAAAAAAAAAAAAAAAAAAAAAAGUUUUUUAAUGAAAAAUAGGCCGGGUGCAGUGGCUCACGCCUGUAAUCCCAGCACUUUGGGAGGCCGAAGUGAGUGGAUCACUUGAGCCCAGGAGUCUGAAACUAGCCUAGGCAACAUAGUGAAACCCCGUUUCUAAAAAAAAAUUUUUUAAAUAAAAAAUGUAAGUAUACACUCAACAAGGUAAGCAAGAUAUACACACAAUGAGUUUUCCUUUCAAAAAAAAUUUUUCUAUCAAAAAAAUUUUUUUUAAUUUUAGAUGGGAAAACUACUUUUCCAACCUGCUCCUCUCUCCCUGCAUUUGUGUGUGGCAAAUGCAAGUAUUAUACUCUUCAGUGUUUCUAACAUGCAGGAGAGAACCUUGUUGUAAUUCACCUUUAUUUCUUUAGGAAGGGGAGUGAGCAAUGUAGUUCUGAGUGUAGUAUAUCAAGAGUGGCCUAAAUCAAAAAGCACAAUCUUCAUUUAUUCCAUGAGUGAGGUAAAGAACAGUUCACCUACUCAUGUUACUAGUAAAAUCUUGCAAUGCAAAUGUGCAAAAUUUGGGACACUUUGUAAAUCGUUUGCUACUUAAGUGAUAGAUAUUCCAUUGAACCUCGAAUAAUUAUUAUUUAGCAUUUAUUUGUCUGGCAUUUGGUGUGUCUACUCUCCCAUCCUGGAGGCAACAGAGAGCUGUGAAAGUAGCCAGUAAUCUAGAAAUUCAAUUUACUCUUAGUGGUCCCUGGGCCAUUAGUCCAGAGUCACAGAGCCUCUCAAGGCCCAUUAACAGGUUCCCUGAACCUUGGCAGUCCUUUCAGGGCAUGUCAACAUUUCGCUUCACUUAAAUUUUAGAAAGGCAGCUAUUUCUACCUUUAAAGCUCAAAAGAAACAAACUGCCCACUUUGUCUUGGGAGACAGAGGGAUUUGCUUUUUCAGUUGGUUUUUAUUCAUAUCUAACUUCAAAAUUCAUACCUGCUUAUUAAAAAUUUUUGAGACAAGCAAAAAAAUAAAUGUGAUUUUUUAGAAACCCAAACAAAAUAAAAGCAACAGAAGGAAAAAUGCACAUGGUAAAACUGAUUUUUUAAAAAUCAAUAGAAGAGUCAAAUAUUGGCAAAAUCUGGAUAUAUAAAAUUUGACUCAGGAAAAUUGAUUUUGGUAGAAAUGUGAUCAUCAAAAAAAACUCAGAUUGUCAAAAGCCAUGACGGACAGCAUUUAUAUAGACAAAAAUUAAUGGACCAAAUGUUUUCAGUAAAAUUUACUGUAGAAAAAAAAUCUAUUGAAAAUAUUUCUUAAUAGGAAAAUAUGGUAACAGUUUACCCGCAUGGAAAAAUUGUUCAAAGAAUUAAAGUAGCUUGUAGUGGGGAAAAAAGUAAAAAGUAAAAAUUUAAAAAAAAAACACACAAAGAGGGAGUAAAAUAGCCCAUAAUGCUACCCACUUAGAGACAAUCACUAACAUUUGGAGUAGUUCUUUGGCAGUUUUCUCUAAUAUUUCCAUAUAUUGGCCAAUUCCAGCAUUGUACUUAAGUCAAUUUUGCUAAUUAAUACUAUUCACUUCAUAGUUAGCAUAGCUAUACAUUUUACUUCCUCUGAGUUUAUGAUUUAAAUACAUUGUUUUCUGUAUUUUCUGUUUAGGUUUAAUUCUGUUUGUUUUAAAUACUCAGACGGCAUGUGCUUUUUCAAAACUAUUGUUUACUGAUACAUAAAAUUGUGCUUUGAAAUUUAUUUUUCUUUUUGUUCUCUGAUGUCUGUUUUAUUCUAUAUUUUUUAAUGUCUUAAGCUAAAUGCUUAGUUUAUUUUUAAUUUGGAGAGCAAGAACAAAGUCGAUACCACAAAUGUGUCUGUAAUUAUAAUCCUGCUGUAUACAUAGAUAUAUUUUGAUAAAGUUUACACACUAUAAAAAUACAAACGUAUUACAAAAAUAUGGAAAUAGUAGCAGGAAAAAGUAUAUGGCAUUUCUAUUACCUAGAACCCCACUGUUGUUGAUGUCUUUCCUUGACAUAGUUGUGACCAUAUAGCCUGUUAAAUUGCAUACUCUUCUAAAUAAUUCAUAUUUUUUUUCUAUCCCUAUCUUGGAUUUGGGGCUCAUUUUAUGAUUGUUAUUCUUUUAUCUUUCAAUAAAUACUCAAA